UUUACUAUAUAAACGAAAAGAACAGCCACUAUAUUACCCACAAAUAUUCAACCACUACGACAGGUUAACGUCUACAUGAAAUUUAGUUUUGCUUCAAUAUGGCUCAAUUUUUAGGCAAAUGGAAAUCAGUAUCUAUGUCAAAUAUCGAAGGUGUAGGCAAAGCUUUGGGCUAUACAGAUGAAAUGAUUACCAAGUACAAAGAAUCUACCUGGACAUUUGAAUUCACUAAAGACGGAGAUAAGUGGUCAGUUACAAAUGAAUCGAACAACACACCUAGAUCAACUAAUACCUACGAAGAAGGGAAAGAAUUGGAGACGAAAAACUCAUUUGGAAAAUGUCUUAAGAUUACUAUCAAAUUUGACUCUGAUACCAAAAUGACUGUAAUGGAAAAAAUGGAACUACCAGUUGGUUGGAAAAAUGUGAAACUCGUACGACAAAUCGAAGGAAAUAAAAUGACAGCAGUUAUGGAAGAACUGGAAAGUGGGGCAAAGAUGACCCAAAUACUCGAGAAAUGCACAUAGUCUGAGGAACAAACAUAAAGAGUGGUAAUAAACGUCAUACAUUGGUGUUGUUAGAAUAUUUCCCACUUAACUGUGAAAACGUCUACUAAUGCUUACUGAAUGUAAAAAUAAGACGUGUGUUUCUUAUAAAAAAGCGACGUAAAAAAACUACAAAAGAACAGACGCAAAACAGAAGGCUUCAACAAAUAUCAGACAAUCAUAUAUAAUUUAUUUUCAAAAGAACAUCUGAUAUUAAAAUAAAAAAGAUUAUUGGAGGUAUAUCUGUUAGACUUUUUAUGUUUAAACACUAGAAUAUUUGUCGUAUAUAAACAAAUGUGGGCAGCUUUGUAAUAAAACUUUUUCUAACAUUG